GCGGUUUUACCGCCCGACCCGCGCCCCCCGCGCGGCGCACGCGACAAAGGCGGGACCCGGCGAGGCGCGGGGCGCGGAGCUGCCGGCCUUUGUGUGGCGCCGCCCGGCCCCCGCGCCCCCGCGUCCCCGCGCCCCCGCGCCAUGGCCACCCCCGCGGCCGCCAACCCUCCGGAAAUGGCCUCAGACCUGCCGGGAUCGGUGCCGCUGCCCGUGGCGCCCAUGGCGGCCGCUGGACAGGUGCGGAUGGCCGGGGCCGUGCCCGCCCGCGGAGGGAAGCGGCGUUCCGGGAUGGACUUUGAUGAUGAAGACGGCGAAGGCCCCAGCAAAUUCUCCAGAGAGAACCACAGUGAGAUCGAGCGGCGGCGGCGGAACAAGAUGACGCAGUACAUCACGGAGCUGUCGGACAUGGUGCCCACCUGCAGCGCGCUGGCCCGCAAGCCCGACAAGCUGACCAUCCUGCGCAUGGCCGUCUCGCACAUGAAGUCCAUGCGGGGCACCGGCAACAAGUCCACCGACGGCGCCUACAAGCCGUCCUUCCUCACCGAGCAGGAGCUGAAACACCUCAUCCUGGAGGCGGCCGACGGGUUCCUGUUCGUGGUGGCGGCCGAGACGGGGCGGGUGAUCUACGUGUCGGACUCGGUCACGCCCGUGCUGAACCAGCCGCAGUCCGAGUGGUUCGGCAGCACCCUGUACGAGCAGGUGCACCCCGACGACGUGGAGAAGCUGCGGGAGCAGCUGUGCACCUCGGAGAACUCCAUGACAGGCCGGAUCCUGGACCUGAAGACCGGGACAGUGAAGAAGGAGGGGCAGCAGUCGUCCAUGCGCAUGUGCAUGGGCUCCAGGCGGUCCUUCAUCUGCAGGAUGAGGUGUGGAAAUGCUCCGUUGGACCACCUGCCUCUGAGCAGAAUCACCACCAUGAGGAAGAGGUUCAGGAACGGCCUGGGGCCUGUGAAGGAAGGGGAAGCCCAGUACGCCGUGGUCCACUGCACCGGCUACAUCAAGGCCUGGCCCCCGGCAGGAAUGACCAUCCCCGAGGAGGAUGCCGAGGUGGGACAGGGCAGCAAGUACUGCCUGGUGGCCAUCGGCCGGCUGCAGGUGACCAGCUCCCCCGUGUGCAUGGACAUGAGCGGGAUGGCGGUGCCCACGGAGUUCCUGUCGCGCCACAACGCCGAUGGGGUCAUCACCUUCGUGGAUCCCCGCUGCAUCAGCGUCAUCGGCUACCAGCCCCAGGACCUGCUGGGGAAGGACAUCCUGGAAUUCUGCCACUCCGAGGACCAGAGCCACCUGCGGGAGAGCUUCCAGCAGGUGGUGAAGCUGAAGGGCCAGGUGCUGUCCGUCAUGUACCGGUUCCGCACCAAGAACCGCGAGUGGCUGCUGCUGCGCACCAGCAGCUUCACCUUCCAGAACCCGUACUCGGACGAGAUCGAGUACCUCAUCUGCACCAACACCAACGUCAAGCAGCUCCAGCAGCAGCAGGCGGAGCUGGAGGUGCACCAGAGAGACGGCCUCUCCUCCUACGACCUGGCACAGGUCCCCGUCCCCAGCCUGCCGGCGGGCGUGCACGAGGCCGGGAAGGCCGUGGAGAAGGCCGACGCCCUCUUCUCCCAGGAGCGCGACCCCCGCUUCGCGGAGAUGUUCGCGGGGAUCGGAGCCUCGGAGAAGAAGAUGAUGGGCUCGGCCUCCGCGGCAGGAAGCCAGCAGAUCUACUCCCAGGGCAGCCCCUUCCCGGCCGGACACUCGGGCAAGGCCUUCAGCUCCUCCGUGGUGCACGUGCCCGGGGUGAACGACAUCCAGUCCUCCUCCUCGACCGGCCAGAACAUGUCCCAGAUCUCCCGGCAGCUCAGCCAGAGCCAGGUGGCCUGGACCGGGAGCCGGCCGCCCUUCCCCGCACAGGCCGGCAAGACCCAGUCCUCCCCGUUUGGGAUUGGCACGGGCCACAGCUACCCGGCCGACCCCGCCUCCUACAGCCCGCUGUCCAGCCCGGCCACCUCCUCGCCCAGUGGCAACGCCUACUCCGGCCUGGCCAGCAGGACCCCCGGCUUUGCUGAAGGCGGCCAGGGCGGCGCGCAGUUCCAGGGCCGGCCGUCGGAAGUCUGGUCCCAGUGGCAGAGCCAGCACCACGGGCAGCCGAGCGGCGAGCAGCACGCCCACCCGCAGCCGGGCCAGACCGAAGUGUUCCAGGACAUGCUGCCGAUGCCGGGGGACCCGGCCCAGGGGACCGGCAGCUACAACAUCGAGGACUUCGCUGACCUGGGCAUGUUCCCGCCGUUCUCUGAGUAGCGGGGGGCAGAGCGAGGCUUCCGUGGACCCCUCCCCGGGCUGUGAUGGGGACGCCGCAGCCACCCCCCAUCCCCCCCGCCAACAGAGGGCACCUCACCCCCCGCCCGCGUGCGCCCGGCCCCGCACCGCUCACCCCCCCGCCCGGAGCCCGGGAGACGUCGGGGGUCCCUUGUAUUUAUUGUGCUGUCCCCGUGUGUCCUUGCGAGGCGGCCGCCGGGUCCUGAGAAUCCGGGUGUGUCCGAUCUCGACAGUUUUUCCCGGUAGACGUUCGCUUACAGCCCCCCACGUGCCCCCGACCCCGGGCCUGCCCACGCGGCUGGGACCAGCUCUCUCCUGGCCUUUGUCUUCUGUGGGCAGGUGGGGCUCGGGGGCGCCCGAAACGGGGGUGCACGGGGGGCACAGCCUGUGCUCUGUGAGCCGGAGGUGAGAGCACAGAUCGGGGAGCGUGCACCCCACGCCCCGGCUCCCCAGACCCGCGUGCCCUUUGUAUGUGUCGGGCCCGUGUCUGCUCUGCGUGGGCAGAGUGAGCGUCUGAGUCCCGGGCACGCGUGAGUGAGCCCCGAGGUGUGCCCCACCCCGCGCUGGGCAGCACCCCGGCUGCAGGAGGGGGACCCGGGGGCCAGGGCCGGGCUGGGGGGCUGGGGCGACUCCUCCUCACCCCAUUCAUGUCGCCGGAGCCUGCAGGAGGCUCCUGGGUCACAGAGGCCCUUGUGCGGGGGUGCGGACGGGACGGGCGGGUGCCGGGGCCUGGGGCGCCAGGCGGCUUCCCGACCAGCCUCUGGGGGUGGGUGGGGUGCAUCUGCUGAGUGGCUCUGGCGACAGUUUCGGGGUGAGCCCUGUCCGCACCCCCGGGGCCCAGCUGGCGUGGGGAGCUGUACCUCUAAGGCUCAGCGUUGGUCUGGUGGGUGGGAUGCCCUCCGGUUCCUCCAAACUAACACGGAUUUUAGCUUCCAGAGCGGCUUUGUGGGGCUUUUGUUGUUUUUUUGUUUCUAACCCUCCCCCGAGGGUAUUUUCCAUUGGUUCUUAGAGAGUGGAAGGGAGAGGGAGGCAGAGAGAAACAUCGAUGUGAGAGAGACCCAUCGAUGGGCCGCCUCCUGCACGCGCCCCGACCAGGGCUGGCUGGG